AUGGGUUUCUUCGACAUGAACAAGAAGCCGAAACGGCCUGCCCAUGAGCCCCGGGCCCCCGUCAAGGUUGACCAUCUUGGAUAUCCUAUAGCUGGUCCUCCCCAUGCCCAGAGUCACUUUGGCAAGCCGUCUCCGCCGUUCCCAUCGUCAACACCAUACCACCAUCACCAUGGGCCGCCAUGCCCUGCUGGGCUCUUGUUGCCCCAACCUCAGUCUUGUGCUCAGUCUCAACCGAGUUCUGGUAGAUACGGCGCUCAAGCUCAACCAACAACGCCUCCCGUCAUUGUAAACCAGCAUUAUUAUCUGAGUCCGCCUCCCUCUCAGAAUAGCUCUCUGCAAUACCCGACCAGCCCUUAUAUGCAUAGCAACUCAUCAACAGCACUCAGUAAGCUCAAGCUAGGCUCCGCGGCCAAUCUGGCAACCGAGUUGAUGCCCACAACUGCCGGACACCACCUCAACGACGGACUCCCACGCUGGCAUUCUUAUGGCUCCCAGCUUCUGAACCAGAGCGCUGCAAUGUACGACCAGUUUGCUGGCAUGUUCAACGAUGUCAUCUCUCUCAUUGAUCGCGAUACAUACACCGGCAACGAAAAUGCUCUCUUCAUGUACCAGCAACCAGGUCCUCCGCCAGUCGCCACCCCAUCACAAGAAAUAUCCAAGAAGACCAAAGAAACCCCAAAAGAGUCAAGAGCAAAGGACGUCAGAUCAAAAGGUGCGGUAGGCGCACCGACAGUUGUCGUGGCGGAUUCCAUUGUGCCAGGAGGAUACUUUUCUAAAGUCGAGUACUAUGCCAAUUCAAGGCUUCCCAUGGACUUGCGUCCAUUGCGACUUUACAUUCCGACAUAUCCCUUGCUCUGCCUGGCGGCACAGUACUCUGAACGAGUCUACGAGAAACCCACGGGCGCCGAGAGCAACGCGCACGUCAAUGCCGACUGGAAGACGGGGGCGAAGGCAAUGUGCAUAAAGUCUGUCCCUAUGGACAACCUUAACACAAUCGUCUUCGCUAUUCGUGGUACUGCGAGUUUCAUGGAUUGGUCAGUCAACCUCAACACGGCACCGACUUCGCCGAAAGGAUUCUUGGAUGAUGCGAGCAACUUCUGCCAUGCCGGAUUUCUCAAAGUAGCCCGCAAAAUGAUUGCUCCCGUGGCAGCCCGGCUCCGCCAGAUGCUCGAGGAAGAUCCUCGUAGAGCUUCAUACUCUUUGCUCAUCACAGGCCACAGCGCAGGUGGUGCCGUGGCAGCCUUGCUGUACAUGCACAUGCUCUCAACGUCAAAGUCGGCUUCCUCUGAAUUGAACAAUCUGACGUCAUUCUUCAAGCGCGUGCAUUGCGUCACGUUUGGAGCGCCGCCAAUCUCGAUCCGACCACUUGAGAAACCGAAUCGGCUUGACCUGCGCAAGUCAUUGUUCCUGAGCUUCAUCAACGAGGGAGAUCCCGUCACUCGCGCUGACAGAGCGUACGUCAAGAGCCUGUUUGAGCUCUUUGCAGCACCAACUCCAAAGGACAAGCCGCCGCGCUCUUCCUCGGGAACAAAGACCAGCAGCAAGUCUAGCGACAGAAAAUCAUCAUCUUCGAAGCAAUCUUCCUCUCAGUCAUCAAGCUCAUCCAAGCGCACAAACACAGUCUGGAAAGUCCCGGCAUGUACCCUGAGCAACGCGGGGCGGCUCGUGGUCCUCCGGUCCGGCAACCCUGAUGCACGAGUUCGCCGAACAAAGACCGUCGAAGAGCGGCUCAACGAGGGUGUCGUGGCGCAGGUCGUCACGGACGAGCAGCUGCGAGACGUCAUAUGGGGUGAUCCGGUCUGCCAUGUGAUGAGACUCUACGCUGCGAGGAUCGAGGUUCUUGCCGUUGGAGCUGUGACUGGUAAGAGGGGGCCCUAAGCAAGAGGUGCGAAUGGUUUAAUAGAAAUGAAAGAUGAAAGAUCGGGCUCGCGUCGUGGGGACUUUCUUCUCGACAACCACUGGCCAAGACGCUGAGCGGCUUGUAAUAUCUUAUAUAUCACGACUUGACGACGACUUUGGGUACUGGAAAUGCGUAUGAUACCAAAUUUUACAGAAUCAAUUUUUAAAAAGAAAAAUUCAGCAAUGUCACUACAGCUG